AAGAGAGCACCGAAUUCCCAAGAGCCAGAGAGCCAGAGAUAGGAUCACUAAUUAGGAAUGUCCCUUCUGAAAAGAGAACAACGAUCCGUUUUAAAGUUCCCGUUUCUUUUCCAAAAUGGACGUACUUAAAGUUUUGCAGAGCUUUUUUUUGUUUUUCUUGACACGUUCUGAAGCAGCAUAUCCUCUCUGAAAAUCUGCAUUUUGGAAAUCAUAGCGGGAAAUUGGGAAUACCAGGGUCUCAGAAGUUUCCAACAAUGCACCAGUUUCGUCCACCAGUGUUUGGAGCGCAUACUAAAAGCAGAAGUUCUCCUCUGGAACUGGGGCUGGACGGAGGGAAUAACUGUUUGGUUUUAUAACUUCUGUGCGCCCUCUCCUCCUCUUUUCUCUUCUCUGCCUCAGCCCUUGGAGUCUGAAAGCGAGUGGGUAAACGAUUUAUGCGGAUAAAAUAACUUUCAAACGAUUGAAGUCGACGGUUUUGAGACUUAGAAGGUCAUAACCCAUCUGAACUUCUAGAGAUUGUAAAGAAAAGGAAUGCUGAGCAGAAGAGGCGCAUGGAGAGAUGCUGUUUCUUCUACCAUGGAUCUAAAGGGCACUUUAGCGGUUUUAUUGCUUUUGCUUCUAUGCUUAUGCCCUGUUUUCAGUCAAGAACUCAAUCCAAAGGGUAGGAACGUGUGCAAAGUUCCAGGGUCACCAGGGUUUACAUGCUGCAGUGGAUGGGCGCAGCAAGGCGAGGAGUGUUUAACGCCUCUCUGCGAAGGUAACUUCACUUGUAAUGAGAACGAGGUGUGUGUCCGACCAAACGAAUGCCGCUGUCGUCAUGGAUAUUUUGGGGCAAGUUGUGACACAAAGUGUCCCGCUCAGUUCUGGGGUCCAGACUGCAAGGGCAUGUGCACGUGUCACCCUAACGGUAAAUGCGACGACGUGACCGGGAAGUGCACGUGCUACCCAAACCGCUGGGGUGAGAACUGCCAGAAGCCCUGCAACUGUCAGAAAGGGAAAUGUGGCCAGGAGACGGGCAAAUGCACCUGCCAUGCCGGGUACUGGGGGCCGCAGUGCAAUAACAACUGCUACUGCAGCAUCAACUCACUGUGCGACCAGAACACGGGCCGGUGCAUCUGCAACCCCGGCUGGUUCGGCCGGAACUGCGGCGCUCAGUGUGUAUGUAACAACUCGCCUUGUGAGCAGUUUACGGGCCGAUGUCAGUGCAGAGAGAGGCUCUGGGGUCAGCACUGUGAACGGCACUGUCAGUGCGCCAAUGGGAAGUGUAACCCUGUGGAUGGAUCGUGUACCUGUAAACCCGGAUACAGAGGAAAACAAUGCCGGGAGCCGUGUCCAGCUGGAUUCUAUGGACAGAACUGCAAAAACAAAUGUGGCCACUGUAAAGGCCAGCAGCCCUGUAAGGUGACGGAGGGUCACUGUGAAACGUGUGCGAGCGGCUGGAACGGGACAAAAUGUGAUCAGAUGUGUGCAGAGGGUUACUUCGGAGAGAACUGUAAGGAUCAGUGUCCGCCGUGCAAAGACGGUCACUUCUGCAACCGGAUCAACGGGAAGUGUUCCCACUGCAAUCCCGGCUGGAUUGGAGAUCGCUGUGAGGUGCGCUGUCCUAAUGGCACGUAUGGAGAAAACUGUGAAAAAGACUGCAGCCAUUGUUUUAAUGGAGACUGCCAUUUUUCCACAGGAGAGUGUCUCUGUGACCCUGGCUUCUAUGGGACAUACUGCAACCUGACCUGUGAGUUGGGUCAGUUUGGAGUGAACUGUGCCCAGGUCUGUCCAUGUCACGACAAGAACUGCAACCCAGUGUCAGGAGCCUGCAACCUAUAUCCUAAUCAGCGGAUGGGAGUAAUAGCUGCGGGAACGCUGGUGACAUUCCUGCUGGUGGUUCUUCUCUCUCUGCUGUGCUGCUACUUCCUCUGUAGCAACAAAGACAACCGCAACCCUGACCAGGAAAACUCCACCAACAGCAAGAAGGCCAAAAUAAUCCUCUGCGGCGGAUUCAGUCGUAUCAGCACCAAACUUCCCAGAAUCCCUCUGAGGAGACAGAAACUACCCAAAGUUGUUGUCACCCACCACGAUCCUGAGAACACCUUCAACAGUAUUAUCGAGCCGCCCUCCGUGGUGGACCAGCCUUCUCCAUCAUGGUCAUCCCAAGAGUCCUUCUCUUCCUUCGAGACGAGCGAAGACGGGCCCGUCUACUGCGUACCCCACGAAGGUGAGCGGGAACUAGUGCAGAUAAGCCAUCUGUUUGUGCAACAUGGAAAACAGAUGAGGGAGUUAAGAAAUCUCCAGACAAUUUUAUUAAAUGACCCCAUUCUGUGUAAAAUUCCCACCUCCAGCAACCUCCAAAAGAUGGUGGCUCCAAUUUCAGACUCUACACCUGAACCUAAAAGCCCAGAAAAGCUAGGGGUUAAUGGGACCAGAGUUGAAGGAGACGCCACCCCAAAGAAAACGCCCAUCAAAAAACCACCGAGGAAGAAAGGAAAGGAGGGAAUACUGGAGACGGAAGGCAAAACCGCUCCAAAGACGGCCAUUAUGCCACCUCAGACUGUCAAGUAGAUCUUUGAUCACAUUGGUGCGUCCAUUUUUGAGAAUAUAAACGUACAGUUUUUCUUUCGUUAAACAUUAUAUAGGAAUUGGAUGGCUUUUUUUUUUAAAUGGACGAGCUGCUUAUAGGAUUUAAUAUUUUGUUGGAUUGUGGUUCUCGUUAACUCUUUGAAAACCAGGAAUCGGAAACGACGCUGUGGCUUGUGUACAGUAUUAAAAAGGAAGAGUAAAUGAAUUUAAUGCAAUAAGCUCAUCUUGUAUGCUCUUGGAUUUACAUAUGCAUCACUCCACGUCCAAAGAGAGAUUUUCCAAUACUAUCGUAAUUGUGUGAUAAGCAGGUUUUUGUGUCUGAAAGGUUGUAUUUAGCACUGUUUUCAUAGGUGUAAAGAAUGAACCAAAGGUACUUUAAAGGUACAGAAUGAAUGAUUCCAAUAUUAAUUUUCUCUCAGGCUGUAUCAGUAUAUUCAAUACCUUGUAAACGAUGUCAUGAAGGAAAUUCUCUGUCUGGGUUCUAAGACAUGUCAUUUGAUUCACUUUCAGCAGUACUUCACCUUGCAUCAUGCUUUUUAAGCUUUAAAUGAUAUUUCUUGCAAAUCCACAGUGAUGUUGAAGCUUAGCACUAGUUUUUGCUUUUCUCAUAAAGUACCCACAAUCGGUAAUGCAUUUUUUUUUUCAGGCCAGAUAAAGACCCCAUAUUAUGUGUUUUUUUUUUUUUUUGGCUUUUAGUCUGUGCAUGUUGGCGUUCAUGCUCUUUAUAUGAUAUUAUAGUUCUGAAAGUUCAUAAAAUAAGUACAGUUAUACAACCUUUCUCCUCUGGGAUAGAUCUUGUACACUGGGGAGUAUUCAAACUCUCAUCCAAUAAAAUUCAGUCCUUGCUGAACUUCCUGAUGAAAUAGGAAAUACACAGGGGAAAAAAUGACAAUGUUUCAAUCAGUUUUGAACUUGUUGUUGAAAUUUGCAUUAAAAAUCAGCACUUAAAUGAUUCUUUUUAUGCCUUGAAAAUCUCACAUGCUUUUCUGUACAUGACUGAAAGUUUCAAUAGCAUAACUACGCCUUUACUAUAGUGCUCCCUGGCAUUUCAUGAAAAAGAAUUGCCAUACAUUAUUUAUAUAUACAGUAUACACAUACAUACAGCAGUUGCAACCUACAAACUUUUAUCAUCAAAUAUUAUUUGUCCUGCCAUAGAAACAAUGUAAUGCUUUAAAGAUGCCAGUUUAAAGCAACCUACGAGUCCGAUUAAAGGUUACCUUAAUUAUUCAUUCCUCAGAGUUUGGCUUGACUAUACAGUUGCAGGAAGUUUAAUGCAACCAACAAAAAUAUGUUUUCUGUGGCUAAAAUGAACACAAGAAUGGCUCAUGACUGCAGUGUGUUUAUAUUUUUUAAGCUUACUAUCUAAAACACACUUGCAAAUAGGAUGACACCAACAGAAAGAAUUCAUGAAAAACUGGAUGGUUAUUUUUUAACAAAGAACAUAGGGUUAAAUGUUCAAUCUGGGUCUGCGGUAUUUUUAAGAAAGCUUUUCGAUUGUGGUGUACAGUAACUGCUAUUCCCUCAUAUGGUACCUUAUAUUUUUCUACAUGCUAAGAUAUUUUGUAAUAAUAUUUUUACUCUCAUUUGUAAGCUGUGCUUAUACAACUUAUAUCUUGCUUUUUUAAUUUUAUGUGUGUGUCAAAUG